CGGGUUCCCCGCCGUCAUUGGCUCGCUGCGGUUUCCUUGGGGACGUGGCGCCGCCGGCUGCCCGGGCCCUUCUUCCGGCUGGACUGGGAGCCACCUGGUGCGGGUGGACCGGGCCGAGCCGUGUGGAGGGACGAGCGGGCCUCGGGAUCCCGCUGCAGCCUUAGGAGAUGCCUGGGACAAGGAGGCCACCCUCUCAUGGCAAAAGGAAAAGGAGGUGACAGACGGUGAGACUACAGAAGGGAACUCAUGGCUAGGAUCAGUUUUUCUUACCUCUGCCCAGCCCCCUGGUAUUUCACUGUGCCCACAGUGAGCCCAUUUCUCCGUCAGCGAGUGGCGUUCCUGGGACUAGUCUUCAUAUCCUGUCUCCUUUUACUUAUGUUAAUCAUGGACUUUCGACAUUGGGGUGCUUUCUUACCAAGAGAUAGACAAUAUGAAAGGUAUUUGGCUCGGGUAGGAGACCUUGAAGCCACUAACACUGAAGACCCAAAUCUGAAUUAUGGACUUGUGGUGGACUGCGGUAGCAGUGGCUCCCGGAUUUUUGUUUACUUCUGGCCGAGACAUAAUGGGAACCCUCACGACUUACUGGACAUCAAACAGAUGAGAGACCGCAACAGCCAGCCCGUGGUUAAAAAAAUCAAGCCAGGAAUCUCAGCAAUGGCAGAUACUCCAGAACAUGCCAGUGAUUACCUUCGACCUCUUCUGAGCUUUGCUGCUGCUCAUGUGCCUGUAAAGAAGCACAGGGAGACCCCCCUUUACAUCCUCUGCACAGCAGGCAUGAGGCUUCUCCCUGAGAGGCAGCAGUUGGCUAUCUUGGCUGACUUAGUGAAAGAUUUGCCGCUGGAGUUUGACUUCCUCUUUUCACAGUCUCAGGCCGAAGUGAUCUCUGGGAAGCAGGAAGGAGUUUAUGCUUGGAUUGGAAUCAACUUUGUUUUGGGAAGAUUUGAUCAUGAAGAUGAAUCAGAUGCCGAGGCUUCCCUGGAAUCGGUAGCAGGACGCAGAAGGACUGUGGGGAUACUGGAUAUGGGAGGAGCCUCUCUCCAAAUUGCUUAUGAAGUUCCUACCUCAACCUCUGUCCUUCCUCCAAAACAGGAAGAAGCUGCCAAGAUCCUGCUGGCAGAGUUCAACCUGGGCUGUGAUGUGCAGCACACUGAGCACGUGUACAGGGUUUAUGUCACCACCUUUCUGGGUUUUGGAGGCAACUUUGCUCGGCAGCGCUAUGAAGACCUUGUGCUGAAUGAAACACUUAAUAAAAACAGAUUGCUGGGCCAGAAGACAGGCCUCAGUCCUGACAAUCCAUUUCUGGAUCCCUGCCUGCCUGUGGGACUCACAGAUGUGGUGGAGAGGAAUAAUCAGGUCCUGCAUGUCCGAGGAAAGGGAGACUGGGCUACUUGUGGGGCAAUGCUGAGCCCCCUGCUGGCUCGCUCCAACACUAGCCAGGCCUCAUUGAACGGCAUUUACCAGUCACCAAUUGACUUCAACAACAGCGAGUUCUACGGCUUCUCUGAGUUUUUUUAUUGUACAGAGGACGUGUUGCGCAUUGGUGGUCACUACCAUGGGCCAACAUUUGCCAAGGCUGCUCAGGAUUACUGUGGCAUGGCCUGGUCCGUCCUAACUCAGAGAUUCAAGAAUGGCCUCUUUUCUUCACAUGCAGAUGAACACCGUCUCAAAUAUCAGUGUUUUAAGUCAGCUUGGAUGUAUCAAGUCCUACAUGAAGGAUUCCACUUUCCCUAUGACUACCCAAACCUGCAGACAGCCCAGCUGGUAUAUGAUCGAGAGGUACAGUGGACGCUGGGAGCGAUUCUGUAUAAAACCCGAUUCUUGCCACUCAGGGAUCUUCGGCAGGAAGGUGUCCGACAAGCCCAUGGCAGCUGGUUCCGUCUCUCCUUUGUCUACAACCACUGUCUCUUCUUUGCCUGUAUCUUGGUGGUGCUACUGGCCAUCAUCUUGUACCUUUUGCGAAUCCGCAGAAUUCACCACCGACAAACCCGAGCCUCAGUUCCACUGGACCUGCUGUGGAUCGAACAGGUGGUGCCGAUGAUUGGGGUACAAGUGGGGCCAUGAGGCUGGACCAGAAUUGGAGAAACUCCAGUACUCUAGAGUUGCUGCUUACCGACUUCCUCCACUUUCUUGUACUAGCCUCAGAUACUGCUUUGGCCUAGGAAUUUCUACCUUAAUUUCCACUUAAUUCCUUUUUAGUACCCAGGACCUGUCUCAGAGAAGCUGUAUUUAGUCUUUGAGGAACUAAAUGGUGAGUGGCUGGUGCUAACAUAGGGGACCAAGCUUAGCUCAACUAAAGCAAGCUUCUCCUUUAGCUCUGAAGUCUGGUGUGUUCCUGGGGUCCAGCUUAUAGCCCUUGCUGAAGCAAAUUUGAGAUCAGGUGACUGGAAGCCUGGUUGAAACCAACCUGGAGCAUCUGAUACAAAGCCAGAGACAUUCCAGCCCUUUCUUUCUCUGUAACAGAGAUCUCAUUUAUGUGGAGAUCCACAACCUUUAAUAGGGAUCCAAGAUCUCUGAGGUUUAGUGGACCAGAAUUUCAAGACAACCAAAACAAUACAACUUCUUUGCUUACUUGACAAGCCAUCAUGUGUGAUCCAAGAUCCCUGACAUUGUUGAUGUUGUUAUAUAAAUCUAGAGCCCCUUCUAAAUGGAUGGUCCAUUGAAGAUUUGACAAUAUUUUAUCUGAUACCUGGUCUGACCAAUAUAGAAAUUUUUUCCAUGUCUGUGUGCCUCAUAGGCUGCUUGGACAUUAAUGUUGCUUCCUGAACCUUAAGUGCUUAUAGAAUGGGAAACUGAUGGGGAUUGGAGACCUGGGUUUGUCUGUUUGCAGGUCAUUGUCCCAUAGGCAUAUUUUUAUAUAUCAGAAGACAAGGAGUUCCCUCAUUUCACUGCUAAGAUCUUAGGUAUUUCGGGAAGGGAUAUAUUUAGGUUGUUUUUUUUUUUAAAAAAAGUGGAAGAAUAGUAUCAGGAUUGUAGACAAAGGCAAUAAAAUAAGUUAUGCAAUGUUUGAAAGACAUCAAAUUCUAAACUUUGGAACAGCUAGAGAUAAAUCAGCCACGAAGCCACCUGGCAACUUUUAGAACAUCUGUUUAGAGACCCAGUCACAAACAGCACUUUCAUUAAUGAAGAGAGGAAAAGCCAUAUUCAUAUAUUUUUCAGCCUCUGCCUUUCAGAAAUUUCACUUAUAUUCUACAGUCAGCCUUUCAGUUGCAUGAAGAUUCCUUGUUCAACUCCUCUGUCCCAUAGUCUUCUGUUUAUUUUCGGUAUCUGGCCACAAGUGGCCUGCUGCGAUUAUGUCCCCAGGGUUGAAGUAGCUUUCUUUAUUCUUUUUGGGAGUAGAUAGGUCUCAUGAGCCCAAGCUGGCCUCCAACUUAUGUAGCCAAGACUGGCCUUAUACCCCUGAUCCUUCUGCCUCCAUCUCUGAGUUGAUUUAAAGGUGUGCACCAGCAUGCCUGGCUCACUUUAUUUUCACCAAAGCCUUUGAUUCUAGGAUUAGAAUAGAGGGAAAAAAGUCUCUCUGACUUUUAAGGAAUAAAAAUGAAUUUUUCAUAAAUUCCAUACUGGGAACAGAAAUUAUGUGUAAAAUAAUUAAGAUGGUCCUAGAAAUAAAUUUGAGACAAAGAUAAGUAUAUUGACUCUGAGUUGGGUGAAGGGAUGCCAAGUCCUGAAUUUUCUUUUUUUUUUUUUUUUGAGGCAGUCUCACUAUGUAGCCCAGGCUGGCCUGGUAUUCAGUGAUCUGCUUUAGCCUUCCAAGUGCUGGGAUUACUGUGCAUAUUAUAUGUUUCAUUUGGAAAGAUCUCCAAUUUUUCAUUAAGACUAUGCCAUUGCAUUUUCUUUUAAACUCUUGGUUUAAGACUUCUCAGUUGUCUUGAUUUUAAUUCUUUGUAUGUCUUGUAGUAAGCCUUUGCUUUAUGAGUGCUGCCUAAAAAUGACAAAAACUAUGUUUUUGCUAGCCAUUUGCUGACUCAGGUAACUUUUUAUUUUACCUUGGUUUCCAGAUACUACUUUGAAUGUUCUUUGGAGAUCUAGUCAAGUUACUGAUUGUUUAGCAGUGAUCACGCUCAUAUGCCCAAACUGAAGCUGAAGUUGGAGGCAGAGACUAGUACAACCUUAAAGCACUUAUUAGUGAAAUUAUUCUUCAUCCCGAUUUUAAGAAUAGCUGCAUAUUGUCAGGCCUUUACAUAUCAGAUACUCUUGUUAGGAAUUGUAUUAUAUGUAUAUUUAAUUAUGACCGCAGCCUUUCAGAAUGAUAUUCCUACAUUCUUUUUAUAGUUGAAAAAUCUCAGGAUAUCUACCUUUAUAAUUUUUCAAAAUAAAUUUAUUUUAAUUAGUAUUUGAGUUUUAUGUAUCUUGUUUAUUAUUUUAAUAUUAUGGGAUCGAGACUAUAUUACUGUAAGAAUUCCCAAAGUUCCAAAGUUUAAAAAUAAGAAGGAAAAAUUGUGUUACAUCUUUCAGAAGAAUGAGUAUAUUGCUCAUGAUAUUGGUUCCUGAACUCUCCCAUUGCUUCCAAUUAGUAGACUUUAAAUGAAGUCUCAUUACCCAGGUUCUCACUGCAUCUAUUUCCCUUUCUUCUAAUACUUUGGAUUUCACUUUUAAGCAGUUUAAUUGCCAGGUUUCUUAACCACAGCAUCCAAACAGCGGUGAUGAUUACAGUCUCAGUGAAGGUAAAAGGCUUAGUUGAGCUAUCUACCUCACUAUAAACUUAAGUACUUUUAUGCAGUUUCCAGUCUGGUAUUGGGUGUGACUUCAUUUGAGAGUAGGAAUUAAGGUGUCUGUAGCAAUGGCUGUUUCAGAUAUUCCAAAUCAGUCUCUUAGUCUCUCUAUGCUAGUCUCAGACUCUUGCCAUAAAGACAAUAUUGCCAAACUUGUGAAGAUUUUGUUGGUGUUAUAAAAAUGAUUGUUUAAAAAUGGCUCCUUUGACUAACUUUUUUGUAAAUAAUGAAUGCAUCUGUGAUCACAUACUUCUAGGUAAUGUUCUGUAUUCCGUAUAGCUAUGUUCUUGGCCUUCCUUCUCCUAACUCAGAUCAGAUCUAAAAUGAAGUGCUGUAGUACCUUGUUUGGGUUCCUGUUGACCGUGUGGUUUAUGCUUCUGUAGGUGGCUUGUUAAAUUUCCAUUUUAAGCCUGCUUUGCCUACUUCAUCUUGUUUUAUAUCCCACUAAGCAGUCUUUGUAGUAUUUGACAUUUCCCUUUUGCCUUAGUAUCUCAUCAUUUUCCUUUGUUAAACAAUUUUUAGAGGAACAGAGGAAGAGUCACUUGACAAUUUUGUUUUCUGGAAAUUUAAGCAAUAGAGAGCCUUUUAAAUUGUAAAAUGGAAUUACUGCUCAUACUAUAAGGGCUUUCAUUUUUCAAAUAUAAUCAAAUCAUUACUUCCAUUUUUCUAAAAACCAAAGUUAAAAAAUGUUCUAAGCCGGGUGUGGUGGCGCACGCCUUUAAUCUCAGCACUCUGGAGGCAGAGGCAGGCGGAUCUCUAUCAGUUCAAGGCCAGCCUGUUCUACAUAGUUCCAGGACAGCUGGGGCUACAGGGAGACCCUGUCUCAAAAAAGACUGAAAAAAAAAAAAAAAAGUUCUAAAUUAUAGGAUAUUUAUAGUCAUGCAUGUAUGUCAGACAUGCAUGAAGAUACAUCUUCUCCCGAGCCUCCCCAUAAGGUAGGGCAGCUGCUGACAGACCCUCCAGAAGCUUGCUAUUCAUUUUCCCCUGCUGUGUUAGCUUUCCAUUUACUGUAACAAAAUACCUGAGAUAAUUUAUGAGAAAGUUUAUUUUGACUCACUGCUUUAAAGGUUCCAGUCAGUGGUCAGGUGGCCUCUUGGCUUUGAGCUUGUGGGAGGUAGCAGGUACAUUAUGGCAGCAGGGCCCAGCAAAUCAAAACUACUCAGCCCAUGGCCAGGAGCCAAGAAAGGAUGGGACUCAAAUGCCCGUCAAUGACUUAAUGACCUUCUGUGAAUCUACAGCCACUAGGGUCUCACCCACCUCCCAAUAAUGUCACCCUGGGGACCAAGCCUUUGUAACACAGGCCCUUUAGGAGUAUUCCAGAUCAAUCCUGUAAUGCCAUUUGAAGACAAUCCUGUGAAUUCCCUUAGCACGCUAAUCACCAUAGUGACUUGCCAUAGUGGAUGCAUAUCUCAGUAUAGGUUAAAGAGAAAAAUGUGAGCCAGCAAAGAAGCUCAGCAUUUUAAAGCACUUGCCACACAAGCCUGGCAACCUGAGUUCACGCCCCAGAACCCAUCUAAAUAGAGAAAAUACUCUCUUUGCAGUUGUCCUCUGACUCCAUGUGAGUAUACAGUGCAUACUCCCCGUCAUACACAGGCACACACAAUAGUACAUUUUAAGAUGUUUUUAAACAUUAGAUGGUGUUGUGAGGAUUAUGUCCUAAUUUCCAUGAGCUGUUGAAAGAGAAAAGAGAAAAUUCUGGGUUAAGUAAUUAAAAAUACGUUUUAAUUUCCUUUAUAGUUAAAAAAAUUAACAGAACUGUUGACUGUUGAAAGUAUUAAAGGAAAUUCAUUCAGUCCUCUAAGUGUGCAGUGGCUUUUCCUGGGACAUAAAUCAGUAAUUGUCUAUUUGCCUUGAUUCAUGCUUUCCUGAUUCAGUGUUUGGCAGGUUUGGUGACACUGUGAAUUACACACAUACAAGAAUAAUUAAGAUGAUCUCUGUUCACCAGGAGCUCAUAGACAGCAUAAUGCAGUGAUAUAGCUAAAUGCCAGAUCUGUUCUCCAAGCUUGUUCAACUGUAAUUAAAAAAUAAAGUAAAACAUCUGAAUCUUGAA